AAGUAAAGCCAUGAUAUGGCUUUGGAUUAUUCAGUGAUGAUGAUGAUCCACAAGCAAAAUUAAGGUCCAAAAAAUCUUUGAGACGAGGUGUUCCAUCUCGUGGUGCAAAAGAAGAAGAUGUAGCAUCGCCACCACCCCCUCCUCCCCCUGUUCCGAGCUCUACGAACGCACAGACAUUAGAUUUACAUGAUGAUGAUGAUGAAAGUGAAGGCGAUGAUAUGUGCUUUGAUGAUGAGGAUCCACAAGCAAAAUUAGAACUUGAUGCCCUCCUCGGAAAGAUAAAGUCCAAAAAAUCUUUGAGACGAGGUGUUCCAUCUCGUGGUGCGAAAGAAGAAGGUGUAGCGUCACCACCACCCCCUCCUCCCCCUGUUCCGAGCUCUAGGAUCGCUCCGACAUUUGAAAUCGUACCUGAUUUGAGACAGACUUUUGGUGGUGGAGAAAUAUCUCACUCAAUAAGAGAUGAGGCUCUAAUACCGCGUUCGCGAAGUUCUGCCUACCGCAGGUCUGCCUUACCUGAGAAGAAAGAAGAAGAUGGGGUGUCCAACAACGAUACCUUUGGAGGAUUUUUGUUUGGUAUUGAGCAAGCUCAGACGGCUAAACAAAAACCACAAGAAGAACAAGAAACACCAUCCCCGGCUGCUCCACCCUUGCCGCCCAAGUCCGGCAUCAGGUCACGGGAUCCCCCUCCACCGCCUAUGGCAAGCAGUUCCUUUCUGCGAUGCUAUAGCGCUUCAAAACCAAAAGCAUUGGAAUCGUUUCAUUCUCUUAAGUCGAAGAGAAGUGUCAAGAUGGCAUCCCCCACCGCUUCACCACUGCACGUUGAGUCACGGCAUUCGCCUCCACCCUCUCCACCCUCUAUAUCUACACCUCUUAGCGCCAGUUCCUCUAUUAUUUCAUGCUAUGACGCUUCAAAACCGAAAGAUUCUACUGAAGAGAAGAAAGAAGAAGAUGGGGUGUCCAAGAACGAUACCUUUGGAGGAUUUUCGUUUGGUAUUCAGCAAGUUCAGACAGAUAAAAAACAGCCACAAGAAGAACAAGAAACACCACCCCCCGCCGCUCCACGCCUGUUCUCCAAGUCACCGUUUAGCAUCGCCUACCGUAGGCGAAGCUUUGGGAUUUUGAAUAGAGAAGAAAUCGAAUCUGAUUCCAGUGGGGGUUUUGAUGGAGAAGCAAAACCUCACUUAAUACGAGAUGAGGUUCCAAAGAAUCUACGAAGACCUAGCUACUUCAAGCCUUCCUUACCUGAUUCUCCUGAAGAGAAGAAAGAAGAAGAUGGGCUUUCGGAGAACGUUGUAGCGUUGUCUCUUGGUAGUCAGCAAGUUCAGACGGAUAAAGAACAACCACAAGAAGAACAAGAAACGCCACCCCCCGCCGCUUCACCCUUGCUCCGCAGAUCCACCAGAUCACGGAAUCCCCCUCUACCUCCUAUGCCAAGCAGUUCCUUUACGCGAUGCUAUGACGCUUCAGAACCAAAAGAUUCUCCUGAACAGAAGAAAAAAGAAGAUGAGGUCUCGGUGAAGGAUACCUUUGGAGGAUUUUCGUUUGGUAUUCAGCAAGUUCAAACUCAUAAACAACAACCACAAAAAGAACAAGAAAUGCCUGCCCGGGCUGCUCCACCCUUGCUCUCCAAGUCACCGUUUAGCGUCAGCCUCGGGGCUGUGAAAACAAAAGCAGAUUCUCCUAAACGGAGGAAAAAAGAAGAUGGGGUUUCGGAGAACGUUGUAGCGUUGUCUCUUGGCAGUCAGCAAGUUCAGACGGAUAAAGAACAAACACAAGAAGAACAAGAAACGCCAUCCCCCGCCGCUUCACCCUUGCUCCGCAGAUCCAUCGAGUCACGGGAACCCCCUCCACCGCCUGUGGCAAGCGGUUCCUCUAGGCGAUGGUAUAGCACUUCAAAACCAAAAGAGGAGAGAUUACACAGAAGAAGGGCAGGCCGGAUGAUGAGAUGUUCGAUCAACCUUCCAGAAAUGCAGUCGACACCACAAAAGAUGGGACCACCAAUCGGGGUAUUUCUGUUACAAGAUGAGGAUGGUUCUUGGAAUUUAACAGAUUCUCGUCUAGAUAAUUACCUUCCGGUAAAUGCUUCGGAAAUUGAGAAAAUGCUGGUUGAUUGUGGUUCGAAAUCGCUUGGUGUUCGAACGUUCAAAACCCUUUGCAAAAUGGUAGCGACCCUUUUGGUUUUGGCAUAUUUACGUCAAAAGAAAUGCUUUGCUUUUCAAAUUCAACUUAUCCCGCCGUUCAAAAUGCCGGAGUGCCCCGUGGGGUCUGAUACCGAGUUGCACGCGAAGGUUACCAAGGCGAUGACGUGGCUAAAGACCGCUGACCGCUCGGUACCGUGCCUGUGCACCCGACUACAGUUGGGCAACAAUUGGGAAGAGGUGAUCCCAAGGCUUUUGACGACAUUUGACCGUUUUGAACGUGAAACUAAGGUAUAAGGUCUUAGGAAAGACUAAAUGCGUGUAUGGGACGUUUAGGACCAAACGAAAACCUGGAUAAAAGUGACCUGCGAGUUUUAGUAUAAGUUUGUUCGUAUAAUUUAGUUAGGUUUUGUGUUCUUUUCGACUUUAAAAGUCGACUUAAUGCAAUAUGAGUUACUUAAGUGAAACUUUUAGUGAGUUUAGUGGCCAGUUUUACAUAUAGAAGCAGUAAAGAUAACAUUUACAAGAAUAGUUUUCUAUGUAAUCUUUUGAAAUAUUUCUGACGCGUAUAUUUUGUUUAUAAUCGAAUUAAAAUGAAAUAGUUUUGUACAACUUAAUUCAAAUGUCAGCUUUUUACACCUUUAGUAAAGAGAAUUUUGACAUUUGUUUAUGAAUCAAUCGCAAAGCAGUAAAGUAUAUUAUGUAGACUUUUCCCGCCUUUGGACCGAGCGCUGUAUUUUGAAAAGCAGUUGAGAACAUUCAUAGAAACAAACAAAUGAAUUUUCACGUUUCCAAUCCUAGUCCUCAAGCGAAACGAAGUUUCAAAAACCAAGACCGGAAAUUGGCCGCAAUUCUCAAUACUUAGACUUCAAACUUGAUGAGAAAGAAGACUUAUAAAUACUGAACAAAAUAUUUCUUUCACAAAAGAUUUGAAGCUUGCACACGGCAAAACGAAUCGUCUGAAUUAAUAACCUUGUUUAUAUACUUUAAGCCUCAAAAUGUCCAUUUCACAGCUGUUAGAUGUGUUUGAUGAGCUGUCAAAAGAUUGCAGAAU